CUGUCGCGCGCAAGCAACUCGUCUAUUCUUCGCCAUCUUCGAUGUUGAGGGCUUCUUCGCGAAUAUGGAACGCACACUGACGUGAGCGCUUGAACAGCAUCUUGCUGGUGGAGAGUUUCUCGAGAUAUCGAUGCGCUGCGUGCGACACUUCUGUUGACCAUUUUUGUUCGGACAGUCUCGUUUUAUUGUGUGGCGGCUCGGCGUUCCGAAGUGAAGCAAGUAGCCCUCGAAACUGACCGCCAUCUCCUUGUGUGUACCUCAUCUGCCAAUCCCUUUCCGAGGUGGGUCGCCCCCUUGAUUUUGUUCCUGAUUGUUCUCGUGCUGCGGCAGCGCAGCGAUACCGUGCCGAGAGACUUUGUUGUUGGGGCGACUACGUCCUCGUAUUUUGUGUGCGCAACCACUUCGGCCGCCAUCUUGUUUGGACGGGCCCAUCAUGGCUACCAGGGUCGGGCAAGCCGUCGGUCCGGUCGCAUUCGGACCCGUGCCACGUCGCCGCGACCGGCAAGCUGGCAGCGGCGCACACCAUGCGCAGCGAAACAAUGCAGUGCCUCCAAAGAAAACAUUCAAAGCAGCGACCCCGUCAGCUGCCAAAAACUCUGGCCGCGUUCCAUUGUUCACUAAGAGCGCUUCGUCAUCGCCUCCCUUGGGACACUACGCCGGUCCAAAGUUCAGCGAGCCACCUUCCCCGGCCGCAUUGCCACGACCGCCAGUCCACUGGAUGUCUUGUGGUGCCUUGCAAGCCGCAUCACCCGAGGUUUGCCUCGAGAUGACCAACCAGCUGAAGACUCUCCUCAAGAUCAAAACAAGGCGUCUCUCAGGCAUAUCUCCUAGGACCGUUGCUGGUGACACCGUUCACAGGAUUGCCUGGAGACGGGCUGUACUUUUAUGUUUUUUUUAACAUCUGCCGGAAAUAAAUGCUGUUCAUCCGA